UUUACAGGAGCUCAUUUCUUUCUUUCUCCUUUUUCGUUAGUUUCUCUUUUUGCUUCUCUUUCUUCUUCUUUUUCAAAAAACCCUAGGGUUAGGGUAAUUGGUUGCGAAAGGGAGAGCGGCGUGAGGAAGAAAUAAUUGUUCCGAGGAGGUAAUGGAAAAAAGAAUUAAUGGAGAAAGGGAAUCCGAGUUUAGGAGUUUCACUUCUAGGGUUUGAGACUUUAUUUUGGGAUGAUGGAGAGAGCCUAUAAAUAUGGCGAGGAAUUGAGGGUUUGAGGACACGAAAGCAAGUGAGCUUUAGAAACCAAGAGUGGGAGAGAGAGAUUUCGAGAAGAGAAGUGCGAAAUUCAAGCAGUGGGUGGAGUGUGAGAUGUGUGAGGUGUAGAGGUUUGGUAGAAACGUUUUUUUGAAGAAGACGAACACACUGCAGAGAACGCCUCGAGGAGCUUCGAAUCCAACUCCGACCGGUCUACUCAGUCAUUUCCUCGGAGUGUCUUCCAUUUUCAAUUUUCCGUUUAUGUUCCAUGAAUUACAUCAAAGCAUGUUCGAGGAAAAACGGAAUUUUGACAUUGCAAAAACGACACUUUCAGGUCGAUGCUUCCAUCAUCAAGACAGGCUUCGAUCCCAACACGUAUCGUUUCAACUUUCAAGUAAAGAAUCAUCUCCUACAUGGGGAUUUGGGUGCAGCACGCAAACUGUUUGACAAAAUGCCUCACAAGAACAUCAUCUCCACCAACACUAUGAUCAUGGGUUACUUAAACUCUGGCAAUCUUUCCACUGCUAGGAGCUUGUUUGAUGGCAUGGUUGAACGCUCGGUUGUUACCUGGACAAUGCUCAUUGGUGGCUACGCUCAGAACAAUAAGUUCCGCGAUGCUUUCGGUCUCUUCGCUGAUAUGUGUAGGCACGGCUUGGUUCCGGAUCAUGUCACCUUGACGACUCUCUUAUCUGGGUUCACUGAGUUUGAAAGUGUCAAUGAAGUCGCACAAGUGCAAACCCAUGUUGUCAAAUUGGGGUAUGAUUCCACCCUCACGGUUUGCAACUCGUUGCUUGAUUCUUACUGUAAGACGCGUAGCCUAGGUUUGGCUUGUCACCUCUUCAAGCAUAUGCCGGAGAGAGAUAAUGUAACUUUCAAUGUGUUGUUGACGGGGUACUCCAAAGAGGGCUUCAAUCAUGAUGCUAUCAACCUGUUUUUCAAGAUGCAGAAUUUGGGGUUCAAUCCCACUGAGUUUACUUUUGCUGCGGUUUUAACUGCAGGCAUACAGUUGGAUGAUAUAGAAUUUGGGCAACAAGUUCACAGUUUUGUGGUGAAGUGUAUGUUUGUGUGGAAUGUGUUUGUGGCUAAUGCUUUGCUUGAUUUCUACUCCAAGCAUGACCGUGUUGCUGAAGUGAGGAAGCUUUUUUAUGAAAUGCCAGAGGUGGAUGGUAUCUCUUACAAUGUGAUCAUCACUUGUUGUGCAUGGAAUGAAAGAGUGGAGGAAUCGCUUGAACUUUUCAGGGAAUUACAGUUUACAAGAUUUGACAGGCGACAAUUCCCAUUUGCAACCUUUUUGAGCAUUGCCGCAAAUGCUUUGAACCUGGAAAUGGGUAGGCAAAUCCAUUCCCAGGCAAUUGUAACAGAUGCCAUUUCAGAAAUUCUGGUUGGGAAUUCUUUGGUUGACAUGUAUGCUAAAUGUGACAAAUUUGGGGAAGCAAAUAGGAUUUUUGUUGAUUUGGCUCAUCAAGGUUCAGUUCCAUGGACAGCCCUGAUCUCGGGUUAUGUUCAGAAGGGGCUCCAUGAAGACGGCCUAAAGCUAUUUGUUGAUAUGCAAAAAGCCAAAAUACGUGCUGACUCGGCCACUUACGCCAGUAUCUUAAGAGCUUGCGCAAAUCUAGCUUCACUAACAUUGGGAAAACAGUUACACUUACAUAUAAUCAGGUCUGGAUGCAUUUCAAAUGUAUUUUCUGGGAGUGCACUGGUUGACAUGUAUGCAAAAUGUGGAUCCAUAAAAGAAGCACUUCAUAUGUUUCAAGAGAUGCCUACGAGGAACUGUGUUUCCUGGAAUGCACUGAUUUCAGCUUAUGCACAAAACGGAGACGGUGGCCAUGCUAUUAGAUCAUUUGAACAAAUGGUUCAUUCAGGUCUGCAACCAAAUUCUGUCAGCUUCCUUAGCAUUUUGUGUGCCUGCAGCCACUGUGGUCUAGUUGAAGAAGGAUUACAAUACUUCAACUCCAUGACUCAAGUGUAUAAAUUUGUACCCAAAAAAGAGCAUUACGCAUCAAUGGUUGAUAUGCUAUGUCGCAGUGGGCGAUUUGAUGAUGCUGAGAUAUUGAUGGCUCGGAUGCCGUUUGAACCAGAUGAGGUAAUGUGGACAUCGAUUCUCAACUCAUGCAGGAUCCAUAAGAAUCAAGAGAUGGCAAAGAGAGCAGCAGAUCAACUAUUCAAUAUGAAGAUCCUUAGAGAUGCUGCUCCAUAUGUUAGCCUUUCCAAUAUUUAUGCAGUAGCUGGUGAAUGGGAGAAUGUAGGAAAGGUGAAGAAGGCCAUGAGAGAGCGAGGGAUCAGAAAGGUCCCAGCAUACAGUUGGGUUGAAAUCAAACAGAAGACUCAUGUUUUCUCAGCCAAUGACAUGUCUCACCCACAGAUGAAAGAGAUAACAAGGAUGCUUCAUGAGUUGGAAGAGCAAAUGGAGAAACAAGGGUAUAAACCUGACUCAAGUUGUGCCCUGCACAAUGUGGAUGAGGAAGUCAAGGUAGAGUCCCUAAAGUAUCACAGUGAACGCAUUGCCAUUGCGUUUGCACUUAUUAGCACCCCAAAAGGGUCACCCAUAUUGGUGCUGAAGAACCUACGAGCUUGUAACGAUUGCCACGCUGCCAUCAAGAUAAUCUCCAAGAUUGUAAACCGGGAAAUCACAGUCAGGGAUUCAAGUAGAUUCCAUCAUUUCAGAGAUGGAUCUUGCUCCUGUAAGGACUACUGGAGAAAACAUAUUAUUCCUUCCCAGCAAGAAAAAGAAAUCCUUGACAGAGUUUGCUUCCACUGUCAUAUCACACAUUUUUCUAUUUUUAUUUGUAUAACUUUUUAUACCAAUGAUCUACAAAUCAAGACAAUCUUAUUCAUAGCUUUCUAACAAGGAUUUAAACAAUGAUCCCAGGAUGAAACUUCCACUUCAAUGUCAAGAAUUGUAAGUCGUCACAGGGUAGACCAAAAACAGUCUCAUCGACUGAAUUUGUCUGCAAAUUUUCAUUAGGAGUUUCAUUUCUAGGGUUCGAGACUUUAUUUUGGGGUGAUGGAGAGAGCCUAUAAAUAUGGCGAGAAAUUGAGGGUUUGGGGACACGAAAGCAAGUGAGCUUUAGAAACCAAGAGUGGGAGCGAGAGAUUCUGAGAAGAGAAGUGUGAAAUUCAAGCAGUGGGUGAAGUGUGAGACGUAGAGGUUUGGUAGAAACGCUUUUUUUUUUGAAGACGACGAACACACUGCAGGUAUGGGGAACUAUUAUCUUCAUAUUGGGCUUAAUGAAUUUGGUUAAGUGGCAUUCUUGUUAGGUUUUAUUUCGUUCUCUUUAGAUUUUAUAUCCUGGAAAUUUCAUGACUUGAAUCAGAGGGGUCAUGGGUUGUACAAUUUCAAUUGGGUUUCAUCGCGAUUGAUUUUGAAUGAUCUUGUUAUAAUAGGAGAAAUUGUAUGUUCUGAAGAAUGAGAAUAAAGUUUGGUAAAUGACUUAUAAGGAAUUUGUUAAAUGUUUUUUGAGUUAUAUUGGUGUUAUAUAAAUGAAGAGGAGGUUAUAAUGUAGGGUUCUGUUUUAUUAAAAUGGUGAAUAGGUACGAUUAAUGGAAUAAGAAAGGUAUGAUGCAGGUACUGUUUCUGUCAAGUUGAUUUGAAAAGGGAUUUUGGGGUAGGAAAUUAUGGUAUUAUGAAUGUAUACACGUAUUUGAAAUGAUUAUUAGAGUAUGCUUUGUGAAGGUUUUAUAUGAUUGAUGGAUGAUGUAGGUGGUUUUUAACAAGGCCAGGAUAGUUAUGCAGUAUGAGUCUCUUUUAAAUUUCGAUUUCUAAGUUUAAGCAUUGAUUCUGAAACAGUAUGGUUGGUCAAGUAAACUUUCUUUGAUUGGAAUAUAUAUGUAUAUGUUAGUGCGGAAUAUAGUUGGAUGAAUUAAGGAAGUUUAUAGUAUGUUUGACGGGUCUCAUUAGAGUGCAUCUCUCGUUAUUAAAUUUUGAUUAAUUUGUUUAGUAUAAUGAAUGUUUGUUACCUAGUUGCAUCUUUGGAUUAUGGAAAAAUGGUUUAAGGUUGGGUAACACUUGUUUGGUGGAAAUUGGAUAUUUAUAUAAAUUGUGUGACAACGAUUGGUCUUGUGUGACAACAAUUGGUCUGUGUGAUAGAACGUUAAAGGUAUUGGUUCUAAUUAAUCAUAGUCUCUGUGACAGGAAUCACUAAGGCUAAGCCUGAGUGAGUGUUAAUGGGUGUACUGCUUUAAUUGUUAUAUUUUGAUUAAUUCUUUGUAUUUAUUCAAUAUAAUUGUUAUAUUUUGAUUAAUGCUUUGUGUUUAUUCCAUAUAAUUAUUAUAUUCUGAUUAAUGCUUUGUGUUUAUUCAAUAGCUCACCUAUAUUUCCGUGUGUUUGUUGCAAUAAUCGUAUAACAUGUGUUUUAUACGGGAGCAGAUAGGAAUGCAGAUGAUUCUGGAGUUGUGUAAUUGACGAGAGAGGGGCUAGCAUUCGGGAAGCAUUAAAGAAUUAUUAAAGAUUUAUUUGAGAAAUAAAUUUUUAUGAAAUGUACUUGACGCUUUAUUUGAACUUGAGUUGUGGAUAUGUACAUUGGAAUAAAUUAAUUUUAUUUUUAAAUUUUCAACGUGACCUUUACGAAAAA